AUGUCUUUUCUCGGCGGCGCAGAAUGCUCCACGGGCGCCAACCCGCUCAGUCAAUUCACCAAACAUGUACAAGAUGACAAGUCGUUGCAGAGAGACCGCCUGGUCGGGCGGGGGCCGGGCGGAAUGCAAGAGGGCAUGCGAAGCCAGCAAAUGGGCGGCCCGUCAGAUGCUAUGAUGAACGAAUUCAUGAACCAGAAUGCUCAACUUCCACAAGGACCCGGGCCGGCCUCCCCGUUCGCCAUGGAGCAGAUGCGCAGAGAGUUGGAACGCGUACAGCAGCACAGCCCUUCGCCAGCAUGGGCCGCCGAGUUCGAUCCAGGCAUGCAAGCACCGCAGAUGGGACCAGCCAUGCAGGAAAGGCCGGCUGGCUUCAACCCCGCAGAGUUCGCGCAGUUCCAGCAAAUGAACUCGACGGCUCGGACAGCAAGCCCAACCACAGCCUCACAGCCCUCCAUGUCGGGAUACCAGCGUCCCAUGUACGGCAUGGGCAUGAACGGCAUGGGAAUGGGCAUGGGAAUGGGCGGAAUGGGCAUGAUGCAACAGCCAUAUGCGCCGCAAAACUUCCAACAACCCAUGCAAGAGGGCAAGGGCAAAGGGCGCAUGGUGGAGCUCGACGACCAAGACUGGGAGGCCCAGUUCGCCGAGCUGGAGAAGACGGACGACCUGAGUGCUCUAGACGCCGAGGCGAACAAGGCCAUGGAGGCUGAGCUGAACGAAAUGGACAGGUCAGUAGAGAAAGAUGCCGUCGACUUUGACGAUUUCGAGUCCAUUUGGAAGGGAAUCCAAGCUGAGACUGAACACGCUAGGCAACUGGUAAACGAGGAGAAUUAUGUUGAAGGACACAUGGGCGACCUCGACCAGUGGGAGAACUUCGAUGGGCUCAACACGCAGUCUGUCCGCGAUCCCGCCAUGGGCGACUACCUAUUCGAAGACGAAAACCUCUUCAAGGCCGUCACGAACCCGUUUGAAGAGGGCGUCAAGAUUAUGGAAAACGGCGGAAACCUCUCUUUGGCCGCGUUAGCCUUUGAAGCUGCAGUCCAGAAAGAUCCAAACCAUAUCGCAGCCUGGGUCCGACUGGGCGAGUCCCAAGCCCAAAACGAAAAAGAAACACCCGCCAUCCGCGCGCUAGAACACGCCCUCAAGCAAGACCCCUCCAACCUAGAAGCCCUCAUGGGCCUCGCCGUAUCCUACACAAACGAAGGCUACGAAAGCACCGCGUACCGCACGCUCGAGCGCUGGCUCGCCACAAAAUACCCCUCUUUAAUCAAAGAAGCCCUCUCUUCCGACGCCGAAAUGGGCUUCACAGACCGCCACCUCCUCCACGAAAAAGUAACAAACCUCUUCAUCCAAGCCGCACAACUCUCCCCCUCGGGCGAGCAAAUGGACCCAGACGUCCAAGUCGGCCUCGGCGUCCUCUUCUACGGCGUGGAGGAAUACGACAAAGCCGUCGACUGCUUCGGCGCCGCCCUCGCCUCGACCGAAUCUGGCGUCUCAAACUCUUCCUCUCAGGUCCACCUCCUCUGGAACCGGCUCGGCGCUACCCUCGCAAACUCCGGUCGCAGCGAGGAAGCUAUAGACGCUUACUCGCGCGCCCUCGCCCUACGCCCUAAUUUCGUACGAGCAAGGUAUAACCUCGGUGUCUCGUGUAUUAAUAUCGGCUGUUACACGGAAGCCGCGCAGCAUUUGCUCGGCGCGCUAGCUAUGCACAAGGUUGUGGAGCAGGAGGGGAAAGAGCGCGCGAGAGAGGUUGUCGGCGACGGCGUGUCGGAGUCGCAGCUUGAUAACAUGAUUCAUCAGAAUCAGAGCACCAAUCUUUAUGAUACGCUUAGGCGGGUGUUUGGCCAGAUGGGACGCCGCGAUUUGAGUGAUUUGGUGGGUCCCGGUAUGGAUGUUGAGAGGUUUCGGGGGGAGUUUGAGUUUUGAGCGUGUUGAGCGUGGUACUGAGGAGGUGGUGGUGGAGGUGGAUGUGGAAGAGAAGGAUGGGGAGGAGAUGCAGAUGCAACAUACCAUAAACUAUGACUCCUGGCUCUUAGAAAGAAGGGUCCGGCGUAAACCCCCCCUCCUCCUCCAUCAUCACGAGGAUGUCGAUGUCGAUUGGAUGAAUUACGAACAGGAUGUGGGCGAUAGCUGUUGUUUUGGUACCAGGACUAGUAUUCAGCAGCGUAGCACCCACGACGACGAUGUUGCUGCUGAUUGUGUUUGGAAGAUGCAUGGGGGGAGGGAUUGGGUGUGAUGUGAUAUCGCAUUGUAUAGGUAUGCCAUGAUAUCGCUCUGAGGAAAGAAACAAGACACACUUGUGAGCAAAACGAAUGGGAGAAUAAGCCAAGUUCUUAGGUAAACUUUAUGAAACAAUAGAAUGAAAUGAAGGUAAUGAUUAAAA